AUGGACAUUUGGAAUUUGGCCAAGGAAAAGCUGCGUCAAAAUGAAGACCUGAGGUUGAGAGAGCGAUUGGAUGACAAAAACAGCGAAGGAGGUCAUGAGAAAAGUGCAACCCAUAUGAUAAUCUGCGGGAAUUCUCAGUCGGGGAAAUCUACAAUGGUAAACAAGUUUCUGGACAGGAAACGAGGAUCCCAAAGAGACCGUAGCACUGGAAACAAAGACGUCUGUCACAUCUGGGAGCUCGGAGGCGGCACCAAACUCGUACAACUUCUUGCAAUUCCUCUCGUGAAAGAGAACAUUGAAUCGGCAUCCAUUGUUCUCGUGCUCGAUCUGACCCGUCCAUACGAGCUGUGGAUCACUAUGGAAGCGCUCAUGUCUGGCGCCUCCAGUUACGUCGAAACCGCCAUCAAAAACCUCCCAGAAAGCAGACAGGCAAAGAUCAGGAACCGAAUGGCCGCUAGGGUGGCCGAGUAUAAAGUUUGGUCCGAAAACCUUCCUGGGCCAAACGGAAAUAUACGCUUGCUUCAAAAGCGAUCGGGAAAGAUCUGA